ACAGUAGAGUGGGCGGCAGAACCAGGAAAAGUGAAGGUACUUUCCUAACGCUGUGGGGUUGGGGUCAGGAAUGGCAAAGGAGCAGGCAAAGGAGCAGAGGACAGCCUGGGAAGGGCGUAAGGAAAAGGAAGAACGCAGCCCCCAGGCCGGGGCCCAUCAUCGCGUGGAAGCAGCCUUCCACUGCCGGACGCGCGAAGACAUCUCCGUGGAGCAGAGAACACGACAGGAGCUGCGGCUGUUCUACAUCCCUGAGAGGGAGGAGACGUUUCACCGCGGCCCAGGGCUAAACCUGACCAGUGGGCAGUACACAGCCCCCACCGCAGGGUACUACACCUUCAGCACCACGCUGCACAUUGUGCACAGGGAGCCACAGAGGAAGAGGCAGGUGUGCCGGGGGACACGCCUGCGCGUGCUCAUCUGUGUGCAGUCCCACUGCCAGCACAACAGAAAUUUGGAGACUUCGUCCCAGCUGGAGAGCAGGGGUCACCUUUUUACCAUCUCUGUCACCGGAGUCCUUUACCUGCAGGCCGGGCAGUAUGCCUCUGUUUUUGUGGAGAACACUGCAGGCUCUCCCCUCACUGUUCGAAGCGGCUCCGAUUUCAGCGCCGUUCUGCUGGGGGUGUGAAGAGGCACCAGGCAGGGCACUGAACCUGUGCCAGGAGCAGCCAGACCCUUCCCUCUGCCAGCCACCAUCGCAUCUCCCCUGCUCAGCAAAAAGCCCAGGGAAGAUUAUUUGCCCUUGCAGGAACUGUGGUCUGGUCUGAUACUGCUCAUGCUACAGAACCAGCUGAAGAUGAACAAAAGAUCAUGGACAAGAUGAUGAUGAUAAUAAAACAGCCUGACAAGGACCUAAAGGCAUUCACUUUUAACUAAAGGCUAGGCCUGGAAAUUGAUCUUGGGAAAUGCUACUGACAG